CAAAUACAAAGCAUGCAUUCAAAAGUUCAAGAACGCAAGAUAACUAUUAAUAAUGAAGAUAAAUAUUUACAAAAUGAAAUAUUUAAUAGUGAAUAUGAAUCUACACAACUAUUCUUUGUUUGGAAAUCUGAAACAUAUAGUCAAGAAAUAUCAACAUUGUUGAGUGGAGAUGCAGUAACAAUAAAGGCAGAUAUAGCAAAAAGUUAUCAUGAUGAUAAAAAUACAAUAAAGUUUAAUAAGAUAGGUAUUAAAUUUAAAGUUAAACAAGAUGAAACUAAGCAAAGUGAACUUGAUAAUAAAUUGAAAUACUUUGAUGUUAAAAUAACGCAUUUGGGCAAUUCAUAUUAUAAAUAUAAUAAUAAGUUUUAUGUGAUGGCAAAUGAAGAAUAUGAUAUUGAUUAUAGUUUUGAAAAAGAUAAUUACGGACAAACACUCAGAUACAAUGAAGUAUACAAAAAAUUAAGAAAGGGGAAUUAA